AUGAGAACGGCGGUUGGUCUACCUGUGGACCAAUACUCACAAGAGGCUCCAGGAGCUUUUCCGAAGCGCCGGGCGCAGUUGAUGGGAGAGUUGGCUGACCUGACCACGGGCAUCAAUACCUUGAGUCAUCUGGUCGCCGAAGGACCGGGACCGAUGUCCGAAGAGUCAGAUGCACUUUUUGGCCCCGGUCAAUUUGACAACCUGCCAACCGACGAAGCGAUGAACCCGGAAUCUCCGAAUCUCUGA